AUGCCAACCACGUGCGGUUUCCCGAACUGCAAAUUUCGAUCGCGUUAUCGUGGACAAGAGGACAACCGUCACUUUUAUCGUAUACCAAAACGACCACAAGUGCUACGCCAACGUUGGCUGCUCGCCAUUGGACGAACCGAGGAAACUGUCGUCAGUCAGCUACGAAUCUGCUCCGCGCAUUUUGAAGGUGGAGAGAAGAAGGAAGGAGAUAUACCGGUGCCAGAUCCGACGGUCGACAAGCAGCUGAAUAUCGAGCUGCCACCCAAAGAAAGCAAAGGCAGCGAACGGAAACGCAGUAAAGGUGAUUGGUUUUGUUAG